AUGUCUGAUGAAAACAGGGAAUUCAAACAAGCUAAUGGUGCAGAUGUCUCGGCUGAUCUUGGUAGUGCAGAUGUGCCGGUUGAUUUUGGUAAUGCAGAUGUGCCUGUUGCUGUUGGUAGUGCAGAUGUGCAGGUUGCUGGUGGUAGUGCAGAUGUGCCGGUUGAUCUUGGAAGUGCAGAUGUGCCGGUUGCUGGUGGUAGUGCAGAUGUGCCAGUUGCUGUUGGUAGUGCAGAUGUGCCUAUUGAUUUUGGUAGUGCAUAUGUGCCGGUUGAUUUUGGUAGUGCAGAUGUGCCGGUUGAUUUUGGUAGUGCAGAUGUGCCGGUUGAUUUUGGUAGUGCAGAUGUGCCGGUUGAUGUUGGUAGUGCAGAUGUGCCGGUUGCUGGUGGUAGUGCAGAUGUGCCAGUUGAUUUUGGUAGUGCAGAUGUGCCGGUUGCUGUUGGUAGUGCAGAUGUGCCGGUUGAUUUUGGUAGUGCAGAUGUGCCGGUUGCUGUUGGUAGUGCAGAUGUGCCGGUUGAUUUUGGUAGUGCAGAUGUGCCGGUUGCUGUUGGUAAUGCAGAUGUGCCAGCUAAUCGACCCAUGUUUGUAAAUGUACAGGUCUUCAAGAUGCAAUAUAACUAUGUUUGGUAA